AGUGACAUUCCACAUUACUUAUUUAUAUGGAUUCACUUUACAACUAAAAAAUUUUUCAAUCCCACAAUACCCAACCGUAAUAACCUAAAUAAUAUGUGGUUCUUUACGUACUAUUGAAAUUACGCAAACCCACUCAUACCAGAUUAAUUGACAAGAAAUGAACCCCCCAAAAGAAAAAAAUAAAUAAAUAAAUAAUAAUAAUAAUAAUAAAAAAAAUCAUCCUUCAUUAAUACUAUAAGUUCUUCAGAAGUAACAUAUUUCUUCCAAUGUGUGAGUAUUUGUUAUGAAUACGUAAAUGAUUUUUAAACGUUUAAUUAAGCUUAUUAUAUUUUUCAGGUUGCUAACUGCACUUUCUAUGGACGAUUCCUUGUGGAUAUCUUUUAAGUAAUCAACAUAUAGAAGUUAAGACGCGAAAAGUAUUGGUUUCGAAACUUUGCAAUCAAGUGAUGUUAUACGCUCAUACAAAUAGCAACAAACUACUAAAGAAAAUGAAGAGAAGAUAGUUGACUUGAUAAAAGAAUCAUGUGCUACAAGAUGACUAACAAUCAAGAAACAUGCAAUUAUGUUAUACUAAAACAUUGAUAUUAUGACACGAAACAAUAGCCUUACUUUCCCCCUGAUCAUCCUCUUGGACCUUAACCCCUAUAAAAGGAGGUUCUUCUUUAAGGAAAUCCCAUAACUCAAAACACAAUUCCACUAUUUCAACAACAUAUUUACUAAAAGGUUCUGAUAUAUUCAAAAGUAAAAUGGCUCGAUCGUAUGUUGUGGCAGUAACUGGGAUUUUCUUGGUAAUGAUAGUGGCACUAGUAGAGGCCACUCCUCCUGGAAUAGCUUUUCAUCCAAGCCAUUCUCAUUGCUCUGAUGAUGAGAUCAAGCAAUGCAAAAAUCUUCCACACGUUUGUCCCAAAUUCUGUCCUAAUGGCUGCAUUACCGAGUGUCGUUCUUGCAAGCCUAUUUGCAUUGAUAGCUCAUCACCCCGACCUCCCUCUACCCCUCAUCCAUCAAAAUCUCCAAAGAAGGUCAAGUGCAAGAGCAAGGAUGAGAAACAUCGCAAAUGUUAUAAUCAAGAACAUACAUGUCCUAGCUCUUGCCCUGGUACUUGUCAAGUCGAUUGUGUCUCUUGCAAACCUGUUUGCAGUUGUGACAAGCCCGGAGCAGUUUGCCAGGAUCCACGUUUCAUUGGUGCAGAUGGCAUUACUUUCUACUUCCACGGCAAGAAGGACAAAGAUUUUUGCUUGGUCUCAGACUCUAACCUCCACAUCAAUGCCCACUUCAUAGGAAAACGAAACGAAAACAUGAAGAGAGACUUCACUUGGGUUCAAGCCAUUGGUAUCCUAUAUGGUACUCACCAGAUAUCCGUAGGAGCACAAAAGACAGCAACAUGGGAUGAUGCCAUCGACCGCCUUUCCAUCGAAUUUGAUGGUGAAACUAUCGCUCUCCCUGACAAUGAAGGCUCAAGGUGGCAGUCUGAAAGUGGACCAACAGCCUCCAUUACUCGAACAAGUGACACUAACGAAGUUGUUAUCGAAGUUGAAAACAUUUUCAAGAUUACAGCAAAGGUGGUGCCUAUUACAGAGGAAGAAUCUAAAGUUCAUAACUAUGGCAUAACACAAGACGAUUGUUUCGCUCAUCUUGAGCUUGGAUUCAAGUUUAUGUCACUGAGUGAUGUUGUAAGUGGUGUUUUGGGCCAAACAUAUAGAAGGAACUAUGUGAGCAGAGUGAAAAUGGGUGCUUUGAUGCCAGUAAUGGGAGGUGACAAAGAGUUUUCAGCUUCGGAACUCUUUAAAGCUGAUUGCAUUGUGACUAAGUUUCAAGCAGUAGAUGAGAUCAAUGACAUCUCGUUGAAUGAUUUCGAGCUGCCCAACUUGAAAUGUAGCAGUGGGAUGCAUGGACGUGGAGUCGUCUGCAAGCGCUAGAAUUUAAUUUGUAGAUCAAUGAAUUAUGAAGAGUUGUACUAGAAAUUUAAAUGAAUAAGGUUAAUUAGAAACCCUCAAAAGCCAUGUUUAACGAACAAUUGUACUUGUAUUAAUUAUUAAACUUUCAAAUAAGACUCUUUGUUUUGCUA